GGAGAUUUAUGGAAAAUGGACUGUACGUCCUCUCCGCCCAAGCUUAUCUCUACCGUCCGGCCGUCUCCUUUCUUCAAGGCUUUUUAUAACUCUAGAGUCGUCGCCUUCUCCUCCUACCCAGCGACUGUGCGACUGCCGAAGCCUAACCUUAACCCUAACCCUAGAGUUCUCUCUCCGAUGGCUUGGGCGACGCGGUUCCUGUCGGCGGUGGCGUUCCUGGCGGUCGGAGUGGUCUUCGCGCCGGACCUGUUCGGGUCGGGGCCGGCCUCCCCCGCCGCCGCCGUCUCCGUCGCCAAGAUCGCCCAUCUCCUCUGCUUCGCCACCUGCUGGGGCUCCGCCCUCUGGGUCACCUUCAUCGGCGGCAUCAUCAUGUUCAAGUAUUUGCCGAGGCACCAGUUUGGGAAUCUACAGAGCAAGAUGUUUCCGGCGUACUUCAUGUUGAUAUCGGUGUGUGCGGCGAUCUCGGUGAUGGCAUUCGCCUACCUCCACCCAUGGAAGUCGGCAUCGUCCCUUGAGAGAUACCAGCUUGGGUUCCUUCUCUCUGCCCUUUUCUUCAAUCUCUCCAACCUCCUUAUCUUCACCCCCAUGACCAUCGAGAUGAUGAAGAAGAGGCACAAGGUUGAGAGAGAGCUAAGCAUUGGUGACGAAGUGGGACGGUCAAAGAACAUGGAAGUAGCAAAGUCUAAUCCACAACUUGCAGGAAUGAACAAGAAAUUUGGAAUGAUCCACGGCUUAUCUUCACUUGCCAAUAUCAUGGCAUUUGGCAGCCUUGCAAUGCAUUCAUGGUACUUAGCAGGUAAAGUUCAGCUGUAAGCACGUUGGACAUUAUUGGAUUCUGGAAAAAAUUCUCUUAGCCAUUGGCUACCCCCUCCAACACUGUGUUGAACUUGGUGCUCAACUCUGUUCAGAAAACAUGCAGUUGUCUUCUCCAUCAUAAUUGUUUAACUCGUCAUGAUCAGAUAUGCUUUACCUUAUUUUUUAUUUGAAUAGAAAGGAUGCACUCUUUUAUCAGACGUCAAUUUAUUGCUGCAUUGUUGGAAUACAAUUAUUCAGCUUA